UUCAAACAAUGAAGCAUUGAUACACGGGGAGUGUGCAUUGUUCGGAAACAGAGUACAAAAUAAUGGAGUGUAGCUGAGGAAAGACGAGAGUAAUGACGUCGAAUUGCUAACAAAAGCGAACUGACAUCAAGCUGUUAGCUCGGCUGGUUCCAAUCCCGUCAAAUAUAUUCCUCACUUGAGCGCCCGCCGUUGGACGUUCGGAUCCUUCACUCGCUUCGAUCACGAGAGUUUUGGCAGACAUGGAGGUAGAAGGAGGAGGAGUGCCGUUAGAUGAGAAGGCAAGGAGAAUGAGGGAUCUGUUAUCGAGUUUUUAUUCUCCGGAUCACGCUGCUUCUGCUGCAUCGCUACCGCGAAACACUUCAUCCAGAUUUGCCACGCUCGAUACCAUCAAUACCACCGCCUUCAACGCAGAUCAGUACAUGAAUCUCCUCGUACAAAAGUCCAAUGUGGAGGGACUUCUUCAGAAGCAUGUUGAGAUGGCUGCUGAGAUAAAAAAUCUCGACACUGACCUUCAAAUGUUGGUGUAUGAGAAUUACAACAAAUUCAUCAGUGCAACAGAUACAAUAAAAAGGAUGAAAAAUAAUAUUGUUGGCAUGGAAACAAAUAUGGAACAGCUCCUGGAAAAGAUAACAUCUGUGCAAUCGAGGAGUGAUGGGGUCAACACUUCUCUUUUUGAGAGGAGAGAACAUAUAGAGAAGUUGCACCGCACGCGCAAUCUUCUGCGAAAGGUUCAGUUCAUUUAUGAUUUACCUACAAGACUUGACAAGUGUAUCAAAUCAGAAGCCUAUGCUGAAGCUGUCAAGUUGUACACUGGAGCUACGCCAAUUUUCAAGGCAUACGGAGAUUCUUCCUUUCAAGACUGUAAGCGAGCUUCCGAAGAGGCAGUGACUAUAAUCAUAAAAAAAUUGCAGGGGAAGGUUUUCUCAGAUUCUGAGUCAAUUCAAUCAAGAGCUGAGGCUGUCAUGCUUCUUAAGCAGUUGGAUUUCCCGGUUGAAAAUCUGAAGGUUAAGUUGUAUGAGAAGUUGGAACAGUUCCUUGUGGACCUCAAUCUUGAAUCUAAGGAAUUAACAAGAGCGUCAGUUGAUGUUAACAAGUCCCCUAAGCAGGAAAGUGUUCCACAUUCACCUUCUGCUUUUGCACAUGAGGCUUCAAUUCGUGAAUUUGCAAAAGCUGUUUGGGCUUAUAAAGUUAUAUUCUUGCAUUCAGAACCACAGCUAUCUAAACUUGCACAAGACCUUGUUAAGAAGCACUUCGAAGCCACUCAUUUACGAAUUAUGAAGCAAGUUAACUCUGGUGAUCUUCUGGCAAUGCUUCGACUUAUUUGGACUGAUGUGCUUCUUAUGGAGGAAGUGCUACCUGAAGCUUCCCUGCCUGACUGUGCUUUGGAGUAUGCUCAUGUUGCUGUCAGAGAUUAUAUUUCCAGCUCCUUUGGUCGUCUUUUAAGAUAUAUUUCAGAUUCGCUUAUGACUGCCCAAUUUACACCAAAAGAAGGAAUAGAGGAAGAAUAUUCUUUGCAGACAGCUCUUGAUGCCGGCAAAAAGGCAGUGACACAAGGCAGUACGGACGCCUUACUGGAUUUCCGUCAGCUUCUUGAUCAAGAGACCGAAUUAUUAUUCAGGUUGAGAGACUUAACAAUUGAUUGGGUCCAAGAAGGGUUCCGAGAUUUUUUCAAGAAGCUUGAUGGCUAUUUCCUCUUGCUCUCUGGAAAGGGUAAUACAACAAGUGAAGAUGUGAAUUUGAUAGAGAUGCCAGGCGACAAAAUUGCUUCUGGGCUUGUUCUUGUGCUGGCUCAAUUUUCUAUUUUUGUUGAACAAAGUGCCAUCCCUAGAAUAACCGAGGAACUAGCUACUUUUUCUUCUGGUGGUGGGGUUCGUGACUAUGGACAUAUAUGUCCUAUCUUUCGGUCUUCUGGUGAAACUUUCUUGCACCUUUACAUAAAGAUGAGAACCCAGAAAAUCUCAGUUCUCCUAAAGAAGAGGUUCACGGCCCCAAACUGGGUCAAGCACAAAGAGCCCAGAGAAGUGCAUAUGUUUGUAGAUAUGCUUCUUCAGGAGUUCAAAGAAAUAGGAACUGAAGUGAAGCAACUUUUGCCCCAAAGUCUCCAUCAUAAACAUCGCCGUACCAACAGCAAUGGAAGUACAGCAUCCUCACGCAGUAGUACUUUGAGGGAUGAUAAACUGAUCCGGUCGAAUAUUCAGAAGGCCAGAAGCCAGCUUCUAGAGAGCCAUCUAGCCAAAUUGUUUAAGCAGAAGAUGGAGAUCUUCACAAAGCUUGAGCACACACAGGAAUCUGUCAUAACAACGAUAGUGAAACUUUCAUUAAAGAGUUUACAAGAGCUUGUGCGACUCCAAACAUUUAACCGCAGCGGAUUCCAGCAAAUUCAAUUGGACAUUCACUUUUUGAAGGCUACUAUAAAGGAUAUAGCUGAGGACGAAGCUGCUGUUGAUUUCUUGCUUGAUGAGGUUAUAGUAAGUACCGCAGAGCGUUGCCUUGAUCCGAUUCCCCUGGAACCUCCCGUCUUGGACAGAUUAGUGCAAGCAAAGUUGCCCAAGACGUCUGAGCAAAACCAAGAUUCUUGAGAUGAAAGGUCAAAUUAGGGAAGUAUGCAUGAUAUCUGUCGCUUAACCAUGGGCAAACUGUUGUUUGGGUGCUACGUCUUCUCAGGUUUCACUGUAUUUGUAUCUGAGUCGGAGCUUAAAACAUCCAUAGCUCAAUGUGGACUUGUUUAGUGACCUAUUCAAACAUUUCAGCAUCUGGAGUCAUGUCACAUUUUCAUAGUUGGAGCCAUGGUGACAUACUUCGGUUGGCUUAUUAUUUCCUGCCUGGUUGCAGGAUUUGUUAUAAAUUGACUGUUAGAUUUAAUUGGUGGGUUUCUGGCGUUAAGAGUGACCAUAACGGAAUGUUUUGUACACGGGAAAAUAUACAACAUCACAGUUCCAUCCAUUUUUUGUAGGCCUAUUGCUCUGUAUUUCAAGUGAUGCCUUCUAUGUUGUAACGGAUUUACUUCUAUAGCUCAAACUGAUCAUAUC